UGCUCAAGUCAUGAAAGUACUACAACAUGGCGGAGUCCUUGUAAACACAUCAAGUAAAAUUGUUUGACUACUCAGACUACUGUAUUAUAGACUAGACUAGAUCUAGAUCUAGUGAAAAAUGUCGGAUAAGCUGGUAAAAAUGAAAACAGCUUUUCGAAAAGUUUUUAAAUUGCCUAACGUUAAUAUGCUUAAAUGGUAUCCUGGACAUAUGUUAAAAGGAAUGUUGCAAAUUCAAGCUAAACUUCAAAAAAUUGACUGUAUCAUAGAAGUUCACGACGCUAGAAUUCCAUUUUCUGGACGAAACAUACGUUUCCGAGAUAUUAUUAAGCUCAGACCUCAUGUUCUUUUGUUAAACAAGGUGGACCUUACAAAUCUUCGAGAUGAUAAUAUAAAAAAAGACAAAAUCAUUAAUAAGUUAAAACAGCAAGGUGUUGACACAGUAUUUCUAACAAAUUUGAAAGAGACUCACUUUGAGAGUUUCUUACAAAAAACUGUUUUACCAGUAACACAAGAUUUAAUUUCUAAACGCCCUAGAUAUAACAGAGAAGAAGUGCUGGACUUUAAUUAUCUUGUGAUUGGAGUUCCCAAUGUUGGAAAAUCAACUUUUAUCAAUAGCUUACGCUCCACACUGUUGAAGAAAAAAGGACAUGCUACUUCUGUGGGAGCUAUAGCUGGCAUAACCAGAAGUGUGUUGUCUAAAAUUAAAGUUAGUUCAAAUCCAAAUAUUUAUAUAAUUGAUACUCCUGGCAUUAUGCCACCCAAGUUUGACAAUAUUGAAACUGGCAUGAAAGUUGCUGCUUGUUCAUGUCUACCAGACCAUUUAGUAGGGGAAAUAAACAUUGCUGAUUUCAUUUUGUUUUGGCUAAAUAAACAUCAAGAUUUUCAAUAUGUUAAAUAUUUUGAAUUAUCGGAAGCAACAGACAAUAUAGUUCAGGUGUUGACGAAAAUAGCUAUCAAACGUAAGGCAGUUAAUCGUAUUAAAGAUGUUGCAACACAACAAUACACAUAUGUUCCAAAUUUAGCUCAAUGUGCACAGAUUUUUAUUGCUGCAUUUCGUGAAGGAAGCCUUGGAAAACAUGUUUUAGAUGAUGUUGAAUAAUGUUUAUAAUUGUUUUACUGAUUUGUUUAUAUUGAAUGUGAGUUAUUGAAAAUUAAAUAUGUGAACCAGUGUAUAAAAGAGAAGUGUAUAAGAGAAACCAUAGUAUGAAUCAAUAAUCCUGUGACAUUGUGUAAGCUAUAAUAUAAUAAUGUCCAUUUUUAGGUACCAGUAUCUAUUAAUAUAUAUUUCUGUUAUGAACAAUCUUUUAAUCAUUUUCAAUAGGUUUGUAUUAUGUAUAUAUAUAUUAUAUAUAUACCAUUAUAUAUUUUGAUAUUGAAAGUAAAUAAUGAUGAAAAUUAUUGUCCAUGUUUUAAAUUUUAUAGAUCUAAUACCUUCAAUCUCUUGAAAUCAAUAAUUUUUAAAUAGAAUAAAAAGGAACUACCUAUUAUAGAUUCUUAAUUAAAGUGUUAGGUAUUACCACACUUGCCUUUCACUCUCCCUGAUAUAAUUAUUUAUAUACCCAAUAUUUUAUUGAAUAAGAUGAGAUGUAAUAAACAUUUUUGUGUCAUUUUUUUAAAGAAAGUCUUUCUUUGAUAUUGUUGCACUUUAAAUACAACAUUGCUUCAAAAAUGUAUUUAUUAACUGUGAAGAAACAAGUUCCUUUGAUUGUAAAGUGCCUUUAAUUGUAAAGAAUUUAAUAGUAACGUACCGGUUUGUACAAGGCUAACAUUUAUAUACAAGCAACUCCACUAGAUCUUUUUUCCUUCUCCUUGUUUACAACACACCCUUGAUUUCCCGCAAGUCCCUUAACUCAAUGGUACCCAACACUUGACCAUGUGUCACAGUUGACCACACAUAGUAACCGUGUCACAACAUUUAUUUUUAGUCAUCUGAAGAAAGCACUAUAGAUUAUAUUUGAUAGAAAAA